UUUAUUUAUUGGUUGUAUCUGAAAAUAGUUGUUCGCAGAGUUACAGGUGUAUAGCCAGUGGAAUUUUUGUGAGGGCGGUAGGGAUGACAACCAAAAUACCCUUUUGUCCAUUUUUGGUGUCUUGCAGAGCGGAACGGGAAGCAAAAGAAAAAUGUUAUUGCUUCAAAGGGAGGGGAAAAAUGCGUUGUGAGCCGAUCACUUUGGAAGUAACCCUCAUCGCGUCAGUUUCGAAGUUUCGCUCUCCUUUGUCGCACGUGCACCUCGCUCAGCUCUCUCUCGCUCUAUGCCUUUGUCAGGGACUUGAUUGCCUGCAACACCGAGGCAUCUCUCUUUUUGUAUUUCCAAAAAAAGACGAUUAGACCAUUCGAUAGUCGCCACGGCAAUAACACGUGGGGUCACACGUUGUUUUGGAGAUCAUCAAAUUUGGAACCCCUCUUACACCCUCACAGCUGAGCUUGAGAAUCGCGAAGGAGAAAUAAUAUUUCAACUUUGAGAAAUGGCUUCUACUAGUGCCAGCACCAGCAGUGGACGCCCGUCCGGCUCCUCCAGUUCCAAUAGCUCUUCCAGUAGCGAUGACCCACUCAUAGCGUCAGGAUUGCUCUGUCAAAUGAAGGACAAAGAAAAAUACAUGGAGAACUGCAAUUUCCCAUAUUGUCAGGACGUGGUGAAAUACGAAAAGGUCGCCAAAAUCGGACAGGGGACCUUUGGUGAAGUCUUUAAGGCAAGAGACAGGAAAAACCCGCUGAAAUUUGUGGCUUUAAAAAAGGUGCUGAUGGAGAAUGAGAAAGAAGGAUACCCAAUCACGGCCUUGAGAGAGCUGAAAAUCCUGCAAAAUCUCAAGCACGAGAAUGUUGUGGAUCUCAUCGAGGUAUGCCGCACAAAACCAUCUCGAGAAAACAAAUACAUCCCUAAUUUCUACUAUGUUUUUGAGUUUUGUGAGCAUGACCUUGCUGGUCUUCUCUCAAAUGUCAACGUCAAAUUUAGCAUGGGCGAAAUAAAAAUGGUGAUGCAACAGUUGUUGAAUGGCCUUUAUUACAUCCACAGCAACAAGGUACUGCAUAGAGAUUUAAAGACUGCCAAUAUACUUAUGACCAAAAAAGGCAUUCUCAAAUUGGCCGAUUUUGGAUUGUCUAGAGCGUUCACUGUCUCUACAAGUGGGCAGCAGAACAGAUACACAAAUCGUGUGGUGACCUUAUGGUAUCGCCCGCCUGAACUGCUGCUUGGCGAGCGAAAUUACGGACCUCCUGUGGACCUAUGGGGAGCUGGAUGCAUAAUGGCUGAAAUGUGGACUAGGAGCCCCAUAAUGCAGGGGAGUACUGAAAUACAUCAGCUCACUCUCAUCUGCCAGCUCUGUGGCUCCAUCACAACUGAUGUUUGGCCUGACGUUGAGUCGCUAGAAUCGUUUAAGAAAGUCGUGUUGCCGCCUGGCCAAAAGCGCAAGGUCAAAGAACGCCUGAAGCCGUACCUGAAGGACCCUUACGCAUGUGACCUACUGGACAAGCUGUUGAUGCUGGACCCAGAAAAGCGAGUUGACAGCAAUGUUGCUUUGAAUCACGAUUUCUUCUGGACAGAGCCAUUUCCAACUGACUUGUCUAGCAUGCUAGCUCAGCACACACAUAGCAUGUUUGAAUAUCUCGCGCCACCUCGCAGACCAGGGAUCAUGCGGCCUGCCCCUUCACAGCAAAGGGCCCAGGCAAAACCUUCAAGCACCCUCGAUGGCGGCUUCCAAGAUAGAGUAUUUUGACUCUAAUGCGGUUAAAAUAACCCGAGUGCGAGAUUCUAAAGCAAAUAAUUCCUUGGCCUUCAAAAGCAUGGCGCAGAGUCAACUCCUUUCUCAAACCAAAUUAAUUGAUAUCAAAUUUGGCCUUGCAUUCCAUUAUUUUUGGAUUAAUGUAACAAUUUCUUUACUGAGCAAGGCAAUCCUACUCCAACCGCAGGUGGCAACAAGCCAUGUGAACUAAAUAAAUUUGCAAAUAAACCCCUUUUCUCUGCAUUUGGGGUCUUAUCAAAAUGACAAACGUGAUAAAAUCACACGCGUGACAUCAAGUGUUAAACCAGCAAGCAGGGAUUAAGACUACUUUCACAUUUUCCCAGAUCUGAAUGUGCUUAAGUUGGCAAUGUAAAGUGAGUCAGUAGGCAUUCUGCCCCUGAACAUUAUGAGCUAACAGCAUAAUUAAUCAUGAAUUGAGACUCAUCCAAACCAUUCCAAUCAUUGCUUGGGUUAGGAACACGGUGUGUGUCAGUUACUGAUCCUGCUAUGUUUCACUAAAAUUUAGAGUUUUGAAAAGAAUUAAAGAUACCAUGUAAUUAUUUGUCUUAAAAAACUGGCCU